CUUGGCCCACAAAAACGAAAGAAAAUAAAACGGACCUCAAACCCACUACAAAAAGCCAAAACUUUCGAUUCCAUCUUUGAUCUUCCCCCUUUGUUUCUUCAUCAUUCUCCACAACAACAAAAAGGGGCAUAUUCACCAUCCUAUUCCACCAAACCCCACCUUUUUCAAUCAAGAUUUUGACCCAAUUACUCAUCAAUGGCGGCAGUUAAACCCUGUUCUUCGUCUUCUCCGCAUACCCUUUACCGUUAUCUCACAAACCCACAACGCAUUCAUCGUCCUUGUUUGUUUAAACUACCCUUUAACUCCCGUGAUCGUAAAUUGCGAUCUGUUCGUUGUCAAACCCCUGAAUCUGAACCCAAAAGAUCUGCUGUCAGUUCUGAUGUUACAGAGACUACAUCUUCUUGUUCUUCUUGCAUUGAUUUCCUCACGUUGUGUCAUAGUCUUAAGACAACAAAGAGGAAGGGAUGGGUCAAUCAUGAUAUUAAGGGUCCGGAGUCUAUUGCUGACCAUAUGUAUCGAAUGGCAAUAAUGGCUUUAAUCGUUGGUGAUCUUCCCGGUAUUAACAGGGAAAGGUGUAUCAAGAUUGCACUUGUGCAUGACAUUGCGGAAGCGAUUGUGGGAGAUAUAACACCAUCUGACGGUGUACCUAAAGUAGAAAAGACUAAACUUGAACAAGCGGCUUUAAACGAAAUGUGUAACAUUCUUGGUGGUGGAAUGAGGGCGGCAGAAAUCCAAGAACUUUGGAGAGAAUAUGAGGAUAAUGCUUCCCUUGAGGCUAAUCUCGUGAAAGAUUUUGAUAAAGUCGAGAUGAUAUUGCAGGCACUUGAAUAUGAAACAGAGCAUGACAGAGUUUUGGAUGAGUUUUUCCUGUCAACAGCCGGAAAGUUUCAAACAGAUAUUGGCAAGAGUUGGGCAGCUGAGAUCAUUGCUAGGAGAAAUUCCAGAUUGGCAAAGAAACUAAACUAGUGAGACUUGUCCCCUUUUGGUCAACCAAAUGCAUCCAUCAUCUCUUCCAUUUUAUUUAAUUUUUAAGGGAUACAUUUCAUUCAGUUUGGUAUCCUAUAGUUGCAGCAACACAUUCAAGAUCUUAGAGUUUUGAAGCUACCUUCUUAUAUAACAUAUUAGCUUUGAGCCAA